AUGGCGGCGGCGCCGGCGACUUCCACAGCCUCCGCGCCCUCCUCCUUCCCCUCCGCCCGCAGGGCUAGGGCCAGCGCCGGGGCCGGGGCUCGGCCAUCGCUCGUCUCUCUCCGCAUCAGAGCAGCCAAUCCCGCCACGGUCAACGUUACCGCCGCCGCCGACCCCGCCCCGGUCUUCCAGUCCGUCACGGCCUUCGCGCCAGCCACCGUCGCCAACCUCGGCCCGGGCUUCGACUUCCUCGGAUGCGCCGUCGCCGACGCCUCCCUCUCCCUGGGCGACACCGUCACCGCAACCCUCGACCCCACACUCCCGCCCGCCACCGUCUCCAUCGCCUCCGUCACAUCCCCGUCGCGGCCCCACCUCGCGGACCGCCUCUCCAAGGACCCGCUCCGCAACUGCGCCGGCAUCGCCGCCAUCGCCGCGCUCCGCGCCCUCGGCGUCCGCUCCCACGCCGUCUCCAUCCACCUCACGAAGGGCCUGCCGCUCGGCUCGGGGCUCGGCUCCUCCGCGGCCUCCGCCGCCGCCGCCGCCAAGGCCGUCGACACCCUCUUCGGCUCCCGCCUCGCACGCGACGACCUCGUCCUCGCGGGGCUCGAGUCCGAGAAGGCCGUCAGCGGCUUCCACGCCGACAACAUCGCCCCCGCAAUCCUCGGCGGCUUCGUCCUCGUCCGCAGCUACGACCCCUUCCACCUCGUCCCGCUCUGCUCCCCGCCCGCGCUCCGCCUCCACUUCGUCCUCGUCACCCCUGACUUCGAGGCGCCCACAAGCAAGAUGCGCGCCGCGCUGCCCAAGCAGGUCGACGUCCACCAGCACGUGCGCAACUCCAGCCAGGCAGCGGCGCUCGUGGCGGCGGUGCUGCAAGGGGACGCGGGCCUCAUUGGCUCCGCGAUGUCGUCCGACGGCAUCGUCGAGCCCACCAGGGCACCCCUCAUACCUGGCAUGGCGGCUGUCAAGGCGGCGGCCCUGCAAGCUGGAGCGCUGGGCUGCACAAUUAGCGGCGCUGGCCCCACAGCGGUGGCCGUCAUCGAAGGGGAGGAAAAGGGGGAGGAGGUUGCCCGCAGGAUGGUGGACGCCUUCUGGAGCGCAGGCAAACUCAAGGCGACAGCAACCGUCGCUCAACUCGAUACCCUUGGUGCCAGGGUCAUCGCCACGUCAUCGUUGGACUAG